AUGGCAGCGCUGCAAUUUACGUCGACGUCGACGUCAACGUCGCCGGCAAAGACGCGACAACUGAAGAUGAGAAAGAAACCUGCGCUUCUUCAACUUUUUACGGUUAAGCGGCUCUUAGCGCUACUUCUGCUCAACAUUAUAAUCCACAAUGCGACGUCAGCGCAGGCGCUUGAGCUGGGCUCCAAAUGUCAGCACGACAUGGACUGUACAGAUUUCAUCAAGGGCAGUAGUUGCUCGACUCAGGGGUACUGCGAGUGCGCGCCCUAUUUCGUCCAAUUCAAUGCGACUAGCUGUUUGUCAUCACAACUCUUGGGAGGCGAUUGCAUGUUGAGCGAGCAGUGCACCAUGAAGGUGGCCAACAGCAGCUGCCUGGAUGGCGCUUGUCGUUGCGUCGAAGGAUUCCUGCAAUUCCGCAAACACACGUGUCUCGGCCCUGCACAUCCUGGCGCCGUUUGCUACAGCCACGCUCACUGUCAAAUGUUCGAGAAGCGGACGCAUUGCGAUUUUCUGAUACCGAAUCUCUUUGGACGUUGCCAGUGCACAGCGCCGGCCCGCAUGGUGGGAGGACUUUGUGUAGCACCAGAGACGGCCGCAACGCCAGAGGUGGAGCAGCCCAUAGAGAAAGUGGAGCCAGUAACGUCCACAACGACAACAACGACGACAACACCCGAACCAACAACUGCGCGUACAACAACCAGCUCGACAGCUCCCACAACAACAUCGACAACCACAACCACCACAACGACUACCCCAGCGCCACAGCAAGAUGAACUGCCCGCCAGCAUAGAGGAACAAACCUUGGAGGAGGACGACAGCGAUAAUCUUAAGCUGACGCCACUACAAGUCUCUGAUCUGGAGAACGGCGAGAAACUGGAAGCCAUAGACCUGGCACAUGAGGAAACAGAGUUAACCCAUCAACAGGAGCAUGAAAUCCAAGAAGUGGAACCGCAAUCCACAGAUAGCGCCACAACCGGGUCUCAGCAAUUGUUAACACCCGCCGAUGUGGCCACUGAAGCUCUGCCCGAGCAAGAAACCGAAGGUGUGCCCACAGAAGACUAUCCCUACAAAAUCGACGAGGAGUACACUGAAGAGCAUGAGACGAAGCACGAAGCGGAGUCCGAUGUAAUAGCUCAAGAAGGUGGCAUCGAACCAGUUGCGAUCGAAGAUGAAGAGCUAGAAGCUUCAGGGGGGCAAGAAAUUGCGCCACAGUCCAUAGAUAAUACCAUGAAAUUUGAUUAUGAAACUGCACAAGAUGAGCACGACGAGCAACAGCAGCCACAAGAGCCACAACAGCCACAGUUAGCCACAGACCCAGACCUAGAGAAGGUAGAGGGUGCAGAGGCGGCAGUAGUAGAGCCACAGAAUAUUGUGGAGACAGAGACGAUGCCCGAAAUCAGCGGAACAAUUGAACAAGACGAAGAGCACGCUGGCGAUGUGCAGGCAACCACGCAAAUCGCAGAGCAACAGCACCUGCAGCUGGAGGAUGAGCAAGAGGAGGAGUUGGAGGCGGCGGGAGCUCAGGCGGCUGUUGAUGAAUUGAUACCCGUGCAUGACGGCGAUGACAAGCUCAAGCUCGAGGCUGAAAUCGAAAGUGUGACAAAUGUGCCAGAGACUGAGCCGCAGAUAGUCGAGAAGUUGGAUAAUGCGGGCGAGCAAGUCGAGGUGGAGCCAACAGAAGCAGCUGUGGAAGUUGUAGAAGCUGUAGAGCCUGAAGAUGCUGAGGAACAAUCGGGUGAUCACGAAGCGCCGUUAGAAGCAGAAGAAGAAGAAGAAGAAGAAGCGGCUGAAGAGACGCAACAAGUGCCACAGUCUGACGUCACGACCACAACGAUUUCCAAUGCCGCUGAAGUGGCAACCGCUGCAGCUGUUGCAGCAAAUGAUGGGAAGACAACAGCAGAAGAUGAAAUCAAGUCAGAGCCCGCUGUAGCAAUCAUAGACGAGCCAACAAGAUUGCCCAGCGAAAGCGCCGAUGCUGCGACUGAUCAAGCGGAGCAAGCUGCAGUGGAGAAAGACGACCACGAGAUACUAGAAGAGACGAACGACGCCGAAGAAACGUACCCAGCCACAGAGGCCACAAACGAACAGGAGAAUGCAAAUGAAAACACUGAGACUGAAAUUGAUCAGGCAGAACAAAGCGCCGACAUCAAGCCGACAAGUGGCGAAGAUGAUUUAAAUGAAGUCAAUCAAUUAAAUCAAGAGGCCGUCGAACAGACGCAAGAAGAGACGCCAGCCAAGGAGCAGCAAUCGGAGGAGCAGAGGCCAACUGAAGAGUCUGUGAAACUAGAUGAAGAAAUGCCAGUAGCAGCUACAGAGCCACCACAAGCUACCGAAGUGGUUCAACAAGUGGAGGAGGGCGAGGCUGAGAUGCCAAUCAAAGAAACAGCAGCAGCAGCAACAGCAGCAGAGGAACAGCCAACAACAGUGGAGGAAAAUCCACAGUCACUAAUCGAACACAAUGAGGAGGAGGACGUGGAGGAGGAGGCGGCGGACGAUCAAGAGGAGAGUGCCGUGCCAAUCACUGAAGCAGCGCCGAUUGCUGCGGACGCAGACGCAGACGCGGACGUGGCCGAGCCUGAAUUGACAUACCCAACAAAUGAUGAUGAAUUGGCGCCACAAAUCGACGAUCAGCAACUCGCAGCCGACGAUGUGGACGAGGAGGCAGCAACCGAGGAGGCGACACCAGCCACAGUUGAUGAACAACAAGAAAUUUCUAAUGCCAAUGCUGAGGUUGUCGAGCAGGCUGAGAUUGCGGCAGCAGCGACGACGACAGAGCAGGCAGCUAUACAAAAAGUGGACGACGUUGAAAACGACGAUAACGACGAGGCGGCAACGCAAAAUGCAAAUGCAAUUAAAACGCCUGAAGUGUCGGAAACAAUUGCAGAGCCCCCAGCGAUAGCUGCUGCUGCUGCUGCUGCUGCUGCUGAGGAGGAGCAGGUGAAUGGCACGGAAACUGAAAAAGAAACUGUGCUGGAGAAUGAAGAAGAACCGAUCACUGAAAAAAUAGAAAGUGCUGAGACUGCUCUGGAAAGCGAACAACACAACGAGGAACAACUUGAAGAUGACUUAUUUAAAAAUGAGAUUGAUAACAUCAUACAAGGAGCCGAGCCUGAACCCAGCCUAGAGCAACAGACAGAACCCAUCAAUCAGCUGGCUGCAGAAAACGAAACUCCCGAAUCCCAGGUCGUUGCGGAAGAGCAACCCAUUCAACAGGACAACACACAACAGGAAGCUCUCGAUACAAAUGAAGAGCAUCCAGCUGAAGUAGAACAACAAGCAAUUGUCGAAGAAGCUCCUGCAACUGAGUCCGACUACACGAGUCUAGAGGACUUUACACAUCCUGAGGAGGAGAAAAAGCAAAGUGCUGAAAUCGCUGAAGAACAGGAUCAAGAGACAGCCACAACCGCCAAAGUUGAAUCCGAAGCUGAGCAGGAAGCUGAAGUCACUGCAGCACCUGCUGCAGAGCAAUCAGCCGUUGAGCCAGUCGCCAUUGUCAGCGAGGAGGCGGAUAAGGAAGAGGACUUCAAGGAGAGCCAGAGUAUUGCCGACAUACUAAGUGAUCUGAUAGAAGAGGCUGAUAGUACAGUGCCACCGGUACCAUUUGGAGAGCAGCCAGUCGCAACCCUGCCAUUAUUUGCGAAUACAGAGAACGACGGACAAAUGCCAGGCAUACCAGAUCUGUUCGCCGAAGAAGCACAGCCUGUUGAGAUCGCUGAACGAAUUGAUGCCAGUGUCGCAGAAGAAAACGAUGAAACAUUAGCACAAGAAACGGUUGAGCCUCAGGAAAAUGGCACACCAGCUCCUCAAGACAAUGAACAGAAUACGGAAACAACGCAAGAAGAAAGUGAAGGUCAAAGGGAUGAAGAAGAAGCCACAGAAACGAUACCGAAUGAGAAUGACAAACUCAUUACCUUCUACCCUGAAAUGUUCGACCCUAUAUCGGAAACAGAACAAGAGCAGAAGAUAUCGCAAGCUAUUUCUGAAGGACAGGCCGAGCCAGAGGUGGAGACUGUAGAGGCCACCACAGUUCUUGCUGCCGCUGAUGUCGAAUCAGAGCCCGAACGUACGCUGUCGCCUGAAGAAUUACCCUUCGACCUGUCCGACCACUCCAACACAAUUCGACUUCAGGAACUUGAAUCCGACAACCUCAUCCUAGAGUCCACUACACUGGAUACACUGCUGGAUGGCAAUAAUCAUAUCGAGAGUGAGACUGCUGCGCCGGCCCAACCACAGCUGCCCAAUGAAGAGGCUACGCCCAAUCCCGCGGGCAUUGUUGAGAUUACCACACAGACCAUGCUGGGACUAGCCAGUCGCGUCACGUUAAUGGAACCCGCAGCUCCUGUUGUGACUACCCUGAAGCCAUUCAUGGGUCUUGACGAUGCCACGCCUGAGCCAGCUAAGGAAACGUCAUCAACACAGUCCUUGGUCACCACCAAGCCGAGCACGGAGCAGCGCAAGCGUGUGGAGUUGGGCUUGGAAGCCAUCUCCCUAGGCCUGCCCUGUGCCAGCGAUCGCCAGUGCCAGCUAGCGGAUCCACACACGGUUUGCAACAGACGUGGUGUUUGCGAUUGCGCCGAAUCUGGCAAUCAAUGCAAUGCCGAACGUACAGGCUGCAGUCCAGGCACAUUCCAGUGCCGCUCGAGUGGUGUUUGCAUCUCGUGGUUCUUCGUCUGCGAUGGUCGCGCUGACUGCAAUGACAACUCCGACGAGGAGUGCACCCACAAUGCGCGCUUCAACCAGACCUGCCCCGCUGAAUCGUUCCGUUGCGAGCGCAGCGGUCGCUGCAUCUCGCGUGCCGCCCUUUGCGAUGGUCGCAAACAGUGUCCACAUGGCGAGGAUGAGUUAGGCUGCAAUGGCGGCACCAAGAGCGUCUCCUGUCCGCCCCACACAUUCCGCUGCAAUAGCGGCGAAUGCCUGCCCGAGUAUGAGUACUGCAAUGCGAUUGUGUCCUGCAAGGAUGGCAGCGAUGAGCCCCCCCAUUUGUGUGGCUCACGCUCCAUGCCUCAGCUGUUUAGACGUCUUAUCGAAGCGGGUGGACUGCUCGGCAGCAGCAAAGAUGCGGGCGCCUAUUGUCCGCAUCGCUGCAGUAAUGGGCUCUGCCGCUCAACAGCGAUCGUGUGCUCAGGACGCGAUGGCUGCGGCGAUGGCACCGAUGAGCAGACCUGCGCCGUGUGCAGAUGCCCCGCACCCACUGCUGCCAGCUUGCCCGCCUACCUUGCCAGACACCGCCCCAUGCCGCUGUGGUAA